CCAGCAAGGAUGGAUUUCCUCUCAGGAACAAUUUUCUCCCACCAAUACUGUACAUUCAAGCAGACAACUGUUGGCGAGAAAACAAAAACCGAUAUGUGUUUUCAUUUCUACAAUCGCUGGUUGCAGAAAGGAUUUUCAAUGAGGGACUCCAACAUCAGCCCUGGACUCUACAUGAUGGACAUUUCCUACAAAAAGUUCCUGAAGGAGUACCAGAAAUUGUGGCUUCUGAUUCUUCGAAGAUCGAAAUAGAUUUUUUUCUUCAAAAUAUCGAUGCCAUAAGGCUGCUUCUCAAGCAAGAAAACUACAAAAAAUGCAAAGAUUUUUAUGAAACAGUAAUGGUAAACGAAGAUGCUAGUGAAUUUCCCCUUCCGCUUCUACCUAAGCAGCCGAUUGAGACCACAAUUCCAAAAGGUGCUGGCUUAGUACCAGAAGUAAGAGAACUUCUGGAAAAAGAAAAUCGUCUGCCAUUCGUGCAGCUAAAAAGUCGCCAUGCAGCAGAAGAAGGUUUGGGACCAAGGAUAUCUAAGAAACAAAAAGUUGAUACAAAUGCAGGAAGACACGACCAGGGCAAGAUAAAGACAUCUCAUUCAAGGCGACGACAUUCAGAUGUGACUGUUCAAAAGACAAUCGUAGUGCUGGUGCAUGAUGGCAGCAAAAAGCACAUUUGGUUUAAAAUUUGGAUGGAUAUGUUCAACUGUUUUGUUAAUAUUAUUGCUUUUGUAUUGUAUGUUUUUUUGUCUGCUUGAAGUGUUUUUAGAACUGCUAUUGAUGUUUUUGAAAUCGCUGUUAAGAUUGUUCUUAGAAGAACACAUGGGGUUGACAUAACCACGGGUUCUUUUGGUGUACUGAAGAUUUUAUUUUUGUUGGACAUAGUCUUGUUUAAAGACAUUUUUUUAUGAAAGUUUUUGAAAACUGAUAAUUUUUUAUGUGCAAUAAAAAAAAACUCUUGGGUGUGUUAUGAUAUAUGGUUAUAGAAUAUUUUACUUUAAAACAAAAUCACAUGUGAUCUAAGCAUAUGUAUAUAUUGGUGUACUUAUAACAAUAACUAUUUUUAUGCCCCCAGGUAGGGUGGCAUAAAGCAGUUGCAUUGUCUGUCCUUCUUUCCAUCUGUCUCUCUAUCAUAUUGUUUUCAAGAGGAAUUUUUAGGCAGCACUUAAAGAUAUUAAGUUGAUUUUGGUGAGUCCACCAGAAUGAUCUUCGGAUGAACUGUACAAUUGUUCCAAACUGAUGAUUUUUAGGAAGAUACUGGCCUGUGACUUAUAUUAAGGGAUGUAAUACGCUUUAAAGGGUGAUAAUUUUUUAGCCGGAUUUUUUUCGAAAAAAUCUCGGCUUAUAGAUUGAUG